AUGAACGGUAGCAGCGGAAGCGGUUCCGUAGCAGUUGCAGUUGUGGACCAUCGACCCAAGGUUCUUGCUGGUACGGGUGGGUCACGGCAUCAUUCGGCGGCGAUCGCCUCCUCCUCGGCAGCGGCAUGGACGCCCGGUGCGCACAAGUCAUCUCGACCAUCACCCAUCGGUCAGGCUAGUUUACCGCGCAGAUUGAAGCAAGAUGCGAUUGAACCGAACGCAACCGAUGAGGAUGAUAGUGGUUCGGUGCAGAGUGAUGGCAACGAGUCCUCCACCGGGACGGUGAGUGACUUCUCGGUGGAUGAGAUUCCGGUGUGGAUCAAGGGUGAGCAGCGAUGGAUAUCGGGCGUAUCAGAUGACACCACCUGUGGGGAUCUGAUCGAGGUGUUGGUACAGCAGGAACAGGGCGGUGGAGUUCCAACGCCCGAUGUGAAGGAUUACUGCAUCACGGAACGGUGGCGGCAGGUCGAGCAGGUGCUAGACAAUGGGACGAAAAUCUGGCAAAUCUGGACGGCUUGGGGUAAAGCACAACCUGAGGUGAAAUUUAUUCUUCGCCGUGUCGACGGUUCCCAUGGUCCGGUGGGUUCGGGCGGUGCUGCCACCGGUGGCACACACGGUACGGUGGAGCGGGAUCGUGACAGUGGUCGCGGAAGUCCUACGGGCAGCAUCAACAGUGCAAUAGUGCGUCGCAAGCGGCACCGGGCCCAGAAGUCGACCUUCGCCUGGAUGACGCACGGCCAAACCAUACAUCCAAAGUCGUCCAAAACGUCGAUCGAACGAUUGAUGAAGCUGAUCCUCGAGCAGGGUGACAUCAUACAGCAGCAGCUGUCGAAGCUGCGCGAUCGCGAGAUGCAGAUCAACAUGAUCGAGGAGGAGCGGCAUCGAUUGCGGGAGCGUGAGCACGGUAAAAACUAUCUCCUGGAGACGUACCUGAAGGGAUUGACGGAGGCGACCGAAACGGACCCGAAUGCGAUCGAUAGUGGUAUCACCUCGGAGGCAACGACAACCGCGUCGCCAGAGAUGGACUUUGCUCCGGAGCAUGACUCGGACAAUAAUGCGUCGGCUGGUGGGGAGGCUUCGGUAAAGGAGCAGAUCAAACUGCUCGAGAAGAUCGUUUCGCUGAACAAACAGAUUCAGCGUGAGGAAGAAUCUGCGGUUAAGCUGUUCCAGAAGGUACGCCACUACCAGCUAGAGGAUCCGCCAGAUGAGGCAAAGACACAGCUGGAAGAAGCACUAGCCAAGAUCAACACCUCCAUCGAUCAGGAAACGCAUGAGCUGCAGAUGAUCGACGAAAGCCUUCGUCAGUCUGAUGCGAUACUGCGGGAGAAGAACGAUCUACUUCGGAGUCUCACCGAGGAGUUAAACCACCAGGAGGAGGUGAUGGAUGCGAAAGUUAUCAUGGACUUCUCACAGCCCACCCCGGUUAUGCGGCUCGACCGAGGUCCGGGAGAUGUUCAAGAUGCUCAUCAAUCAACAGUUAUGGCUCAAGUAUCGCAUCCACCUUAUCAGCCGAUGACUUACGGACCAGCAAAACCUCUCCACAGUUAUCCGCUGUACCCGAUCGCCGAGAUCCCUUCCAAACCAGCCCCAGUCCCGGUUGGGCCCGGCGAACCUGCAAAGAUCGUUAUAGCGAGCAACACACUGCCCAGAAACUUCCAACGUCCAACACUCGUAGCGCCGGGUGGACUGCCGGCACUGACGGUACCGCCGGAUGCUAUUUCCGUACAUCAAAUCAACAAGUUCAUCCAGUGCAGCAAUAAUUUGGGCACGAACUGCAACACCAACAUCGACGACAAAGUAUGUCCGAAGCAGCUGUUCCAUUCGGCCGUAUCCUCGGUAGAAGGUCAGGGAGCGGUGAAGGCUCUUACGGAGGAUUUCGCCAACAUGGGAACGCUCGUGUAG